AGAAGGAGGAUCAGAGAAACACCGAUCACAGGAGAGAGCUGCAGUCUCCUCCGACUGUCACAUUUACAGCGUUUGUUUCACUCGCGGAGGACGGAAAAUUACGAAACUUUGCCUUGUUUUGUUUGCAAUCGACAGGAAAGCCACGAGCCCUCCAGCCAAACGAAAACGCAUCCAGAUGUUUCAUGUCUGAGGGUCGCUGUCAUACGAGACCAGACCAGAGGAUCCAUCCAGCUCUUCAUCCGAGAUCUCCCUUCAUGUAUUGAUUUUUUAUUUUAUUUUAAUGUAUUUAUAAUCAGUUUCUUCUUCAAGUUUUCUCUGAAGAUUUGAGGCAGGACUAAAUUAGUCUGUCUGGUGAGAAUGAAGCUGAAGGCUUUAGCUGGAGGUCUUUUCCUGAGUUUGCUUGUCCUCUGGAAUGUUUGUGACUGUGUUAAGACUCAUCAGGACGCGACCGAGACCGUAAUCAACCUCUUGGAGGCUCUUAGCAUCACUCACACUAUCCCCGGGUUGACUAAGGUCAAUGGUCGUGACCCAAAGACGGCAGCCUGGCGUUUCCGUUCCAGCAGGCCUCAUCUCAAACUACCCCAGACAUUUUUGGACUACCUCUUCAACACCUCACAGGGCGUCCUGGGUUUGCACCUGGUGGGCAGUCAGCGCAGAGGCUCGGAGGCUACCCUCAUCUCCUUUACCUCCUCUACCUUCCUGAAGAAUGGCGAUCGUCCCCUGCUGGAGCUCGUCUCCAACACUAAAGCAGACUGGCUUCAGCUGGAGUUCAGGUCAGCGGACGGCCUGCGGCCUGCGGUGCUAAAGGUGCCCGGCGGGAGUCCCUUUACGGGCAGAGGUUGGGUGAGGAUGGCUCUGAGUGUGGAGCCCAGGCAGAUUGUGCUGUAUGUGGACUGCCAGGAUGCCGUGGUGCUCAAACUGAAAGAAGGGGGACGAAUCCUGACUCUGGACUUCCCACAUGAUCUGCAGGUUACCUUCUCCAGCACUGUAGGAAAAAAGUCCAGCAAGUUCAUGGGGGCUUGGCAGACGGCUGAACUCUCCACCAGGGCAUAUGAGAGGCGUCCAUGGUUCUGUGACAAUGUAACAGACUCCCUUCCAGACACAGUCAUUCGCACCAGUCCCACCGCAAACUAUAACCUGGAUAUGAUGCUAGAUCAGGGAGACCGUGGAGAUGGUAUAGUAUCAGCUACAAGAUACCCUAUUGAAUCAAACGAACGUCUUGGCCAACUGGAGAACAGCCUGCAUAACAUUAUGACGAUGCUGGACAUGCUGAGAAGACAGAACACGGCCCUGCAGGCGAGAGUUGACUACCUGGAAACGUGUGAGUGUUCGAAACGGAAGUGUGUGUACGAGGGACGAGAGAUGGAUGAGGGGUCCCGCUGGUCUCCUGACAGAAGCACCGUCUGUUACUGCACUCAAGGGAAUGUUCAGUGCGACCGCUUCAAUGAAUGCAGCUUUCAUGGCAAUAUCUAUAGCAAUGGUGAUGUCUUCAGCACAGAUGACUGCAACCGCUGUACAUGUGAUCAUGGCAGAGUAGAGUGUAAUGUAAAUCCAUGUCCAUCACAGUCCUGUCAGCAACCACCUCCUCCUCCUCAGACGACAUGCUGCCCUGUCUGCCAGACAAGAUGUGAAUAUGAGGGUGAAAUCUAUGAGAACGGGAAGCAGUUUGUGUCAAGAUCAAACCCUUGCCUCAAGUGCAGCUGUUCUAAUGGUCAGGUGACAUGUGACCCCAACCAGUGUCCGCCCCCUCCAUGUCCAACCCCAGAUAGGAUAUCUGAAGACUGCACCUCCACAUGUGAUGUGCAGCAGUGUCCUCAGACGUGUCAGGAUGGUGUGAAGCUGUCGUCUGGCUCCUGCUGCACAGAUUGUUCCCGCUGUAACUUUGAGGGGCAGGUUAUUCUAGACGGUGUCUCUGUUCAACCCAUCCAUGACCCCUGCAAACGCUGUGUGUGCAAUAAUGGAAAUAUUAACUGCGUUCAGAACCCACCCUGCCCACCGACUCCCUGUAAUAACCCAGUCACAAGACCAGGAGAAUGCUGUGCACGAUGUGAGGAGUGCACUCAUGAUGGUGAUGUAUACGCAGACGGUCAAACCUUUGUGUCCAGACAGGAUCCAUGCUCAAGAUGUCAGUGCUCGGGUGGACAAGUGUCGUGUGAGUCUGCGAUAUCUUCAUGUCCGUCUGCGAGUUGCACACACCCAACAAAACCACAUGACCAGUGCUGUCCGACUUGUAACACUUGUGAAUUUGAAGGAAGGGUUUAUGUAAAUGGAGAAGAGUUCAGGCCUCCUGGUGGAGGUCCAUGUAUCCAGUGUUUAUGCCAGAAUGGUAAUGUGAGAUGUCAUCAGGAAAAAUGCCCACACUUGAGCUGUGCAGUUCCCACUCCUGCCCGUCCUAACACCUGCUGUCCCACGUGCAGAGGUUGUACGUGGAAUUCUUUUCAAUAUGAAGAAGGAGCCACAUGGACUGUUGCUGACCAAACAUGUUCUUGUCGGGAUGGACAGGUGACCUGUAUUGAAAAUCUCAAAGUGACCCCUGCACCCUGCCCAGAUCACAGAGGUUGUACGUGGAAUUCUUUUCAAUAUGAAGAAGGAGCCACAUGGACUGUUGCUGACCAAACAUGUACUUGUCGGGAUGGACAGGUGACCUGUAUUGAAAAUCUCAAAGUGACCCCUGCACCCUGCCCAGAUCACAGAGGUUGUACGUGGAAUUCUUUUCAAUAUGAAGAAGGAGCCACAUGGACUGUUGCUGACCAAACAUGUACUUGUCGGGAUGGACAGGUGACCUGUAUUGAAAAUCUCAAAGUGACCCCUGCACCCUGCCCAGAUCACAGAGGAUGUACGUGGAAUUCUUUUCAAUAUGAAGAAGGAGCCACAUGGACUGUUGCUGACCAAACAUGUUCUUGUCGGGAUGGACAGGUGACCUGUAUUGAAAAUCUCAAAGUGACCCCCGCACCCUGCCCAGAUCACAGAGGUAAGAGAAAGAAAAGAAACAUAAAAACACACAGGAACUGUUCCAAACCCAAAUGAGUUGUCUCUGUGUCU